AGACAGCGGGAAGACAGUGAGCAAGAGAGAAGGAGGAGCCAAAGAUCGCGGAGGAGCCGGCGGCCGAGCCCGAGGCGCCAGCCACCCCUACGGGGAAAGCUGAGAAGACGAAUCCCGUCCCAGCGACCGAGAACAAACCGCAGAUGCAGACCUCAGAGAAACAGACUACAGAGACUCGCAAGGCGGUGACAAGUGCACACAAGGCAGUGACGACUUCGCCCAAGGCAGCGACGACUUCGCCCAAGGCAGCGACGACUUCGCCCAAGGCAUCGGCGGCGGCCUCUCCGAAGGCGGUGGCGAGUACGCCGAAGGCGGUGACGACAUCCAAGACACCUAGUGCCGCUUCAUCGUCGACGGAGCUGCGUGUCAAGACUCCGCUGAACAACGAGUCGUCGCACUUGUCUCCCCCGCUGGAGCGCAACAGCCCCACCACAACAGCAUCGAUUAGCCCGUCGUCGAAGGUCAAGGACAGCGACACACCAAACACCAACACAGCAGCAGCAGCCGCGGCAGCAGCGAAGUUCUCCCCCGCUGCGACUGAGCAGGAUAAGCCCGCCGUCAUUGAAAAGAAGGAGCUUCCUAGCAAGGAAUCCUUUGCCCCCAAGUUGGAGAGGAAGAGCAGCACCUGCAGCAGCAUGGGCAAGGGGGAGGACAGCUGCAGGAGGGAGACGUCAGAUCGUCAUCACGACCGCAGCAGGAAACGCAGCUUGGAGCGCACCGAUCUGCCCAUGUCAGAGGAGGCAAAGCGGCGAGCGGAGCGAAGGAGGAAGCGAAAGUCAAACUGGGAUGUGGGCGACCCGCGCAGGGGAGGUAGCCCUAUCACAGAUCCUCCAGUCAGCGCCGCCGCUGCGGCGGCUAACCAGCAAUCGUUUGUCAAGUAUCCGCCCAACCGGCCGUCUUGGCGGCAUAGUCAAAGCAUGAUGGACAUGAAGCCGCACUUCCAGGGCAAACAUCGUUCCUCAAGCUUUUACAGCAGCGGAUCCAGCUCCGGGGGGAGGCGAGGCUUCUACCAUUCGAAUUCGUUGCCUCAAGAUCGCGCCGGACGCUCGUCAUCGGCGCGCUACAGCUACGGCACAACGACCAGCAGUGGUGGUGGCGGCGGCAGCACCAGCACCAGCAGCAGCAACUACCGGUGA